AGGCGUUAGCCAGAACAACCCUAUAGAGUUGGUUGAAAUCCCUCCUUUAGCUUUAGGAAGAAUUUUGUAUGAUGAUGUAGUGAGGCUAUGCCACGUCUUGCUCCCCCUUAGUUUUUUUUUUUUUGGUUUUGUUUUUGUUUCCCGAGGCCUAGCCUCUCUUUUGCAUAAAAAUAAAAUAAAAUAAUGUAUCAGAUUAAGAUAAUGUGUUCACUUAAAUGCUACGAAGUAUUCCAUAUUUAACAAGGCAUAUAAAGCAGGAGCGUAUAAUAGUGCAAAAGUCAAAUACGAUAAUUUAUUUUGAAACGAAUGGAGCAGUUCUCAUGUCUGUCAGACUGUAAGGCACUCACGAUUUCACGAUGUUCUUCAACAAUUCAGCUUUUGGCUUGAUUGAUUCUUGUCACCUGCAACCCAACUCACUUUCGCUUUCUUUCACUUUCUCUCUCCUACAUGCGUAAACUGCAAACAUCGUACUUCCAAAAAUUCACAGUAUUAUACUAUCUCCAUUAAAUGAUCUGAAAAAAAAAAAAUCCACCCAUUUCUAAAAAAAAUCAGAACAACACCAUGGAUCGAGCACUCAAAGCUGCUCGAACAUCGGGGUCUCUCAAUUUAUCAAAUCGCUCUUUGAGGGAAGUACCCAAUGAGGUCUAUCAAAAUUUUGAUGGCGCUAGUGAAGGUGGCAAUUGGUGGGAGAUUGUUGACCUACAAAAGCUGAUCCUGGCCCAUAAUAACAUUGAAGUAUUGAAAGAAGACCUGAGAAAUUUGCCUCUGUUGACUGUGUUAAAUGUAAGCCACAACAGGCUUACUCAGCUUCCUGCAGCAAUUGGGGGGCUUCCCUCGCUAAAAUCACUUGACGUGUCAUUCAAUUCAUUAGCUAACAUACCUGAAGAGAUUGGAUCAGCGACUUCUUUGGUCAAGAUUGAUUGUUCAAAUAAUCAACUUGUGGAAAUCCCUAAUUCUAUUGGACAGUGUGUCGAGUUAGCAGAGCUGAAGGCUUCAAAUAACAGUAUUGCAGGCUUGCCGGAAAAUUUAGCAUGCUGUACAAAAUUAGUAAAAGUGAAUUUGGAGGGUAACAAGCUCACAGAACUAUCAGAUCCUGUGAUUUCAUCAUGGAGCAAGCUCACUGAACUGAAUGCCUCAAAAAACCUCCUGAAUGGUAUACCGGAAAGCAUUGGGAGGCUUUCACGUCUUAUUCGCCUAGACAUGCAUCAGAACAAAAUUUUAUCAAUUCCAACAUCUAUAAAGGGUUGCUCUUCACUUGUGGAAUUCUAUAUUGGGAUCAAUUUGUUGUCGUCAUUACCAGGAGAGAUAGGAGAGCUUUCUCAGCUGAGCAUACUUGAUCUUCAAUCAAACCAGUUAACCGAAUAUCCAGUGGAAGCAUGCAAAUUGCAUUUGUCAGUUCUUGAUCUUUCAAACAAUUCAUUGUCAGGCUUGCCGGCGGAAAUUGGCUUGAUGACAACUUUGAGAAAGCUUGUGCUUAUCGGCAAUCCUAUGCGAACCAUUCGAAGUACAUUGGUAUCUGGACCUACAACUGCUUUAUUGAAGUAUCUUAGGAGUAGACUCCCUUCUGCACAAGAGGCUGAAGUAUCAACUCCAACUAAAGAUAACAUGGUGGCUAUGGCAGCUCGAUUGUCUUUGACCUCUAAGGAAAUUUCACUUGGAGGUAUGGAUUUGACUUCAGUUCCUUUGGAGGUCUGUUCGUCAAAUGAAAUAACAAAAGUUGAUCUUUCAAGAAACUCAAUUGAAGAGCUUCCUGUUGCACUGUCGGCCUGCUCUUCACUUGAGGUAUUGCUUUUAUCCAAGAACAAGAUUAAGGAUUGGCCAGGGGAAGUUUUGAAGUUACUUCCAAAUCUUACAUGCUUAAGGCUUGAUAAUAAUCCUCUUAGACAGAUUCCAAUGAACAGUUUUGAAGCUGUCCCCGGACUCCAAAUUUUGGACCUAAGUGGUUGUGUAGCUUCCUUACCUGGCAGUUCAGCAUUUGCUAGCUUACCUCAUCUAGAGGAGCUUUACCUCAGACGAGUACAGUUGCAUGAAGUCCCAUCCGAUAUUUUGAAAUUACAGAAGUUGCAGAUUCUUGACCUAAGUCAAAAUUCCCUCUGUUCCAUUCCAGAGGGAUUUCAAAAUUUUUCAUCAUUGACGGAGCUAGACCUUUCGGACAAUAACAUAACAUCACUGCCGCCAGAGCUUGGUCUGCUUGAACCUAGCUUACAAGUCCUCAGACUUGAUGGAAAUCCUUUGAGAAGCAUUAGGAGGGCGAUUUUAGAUCGGGGAACUAAAGGUAUUUUGAAGUACCUGAAAGACAAAAUUUGAGAGAUCCUUCUAUUGAUGGCUUUUUUCUGGUUGCCGCCUGCCACUGGAAUGAAAAGAUCUUGUCCAUUUGUUCUGGCAUGGCUUCAUUUGACAGAGUGGUGGAUGAACAGAUCUUUCAUCAUUGAUUUCUUGCUUGGCUUUUUUUCUGUGUUAUAAUUUUGUUAUUAUUAUGACUGUUAUUUUACUUUAAAGGCUAGGGCGUGAAGUCUUGGGGUUGUAUUUGGAAUAUAGGACCUGAUUGUCUUAUAAGGUGUUGUAAAAUCUUCGAUUUGAACGAAUUUCACUCAGGAUAAUUUUCUAUUGAGGCGUAACUAUACUGUGUUUUCUUUCUCUCUGAAUUUGAAGCUUUUUAUAAGUUUGAGAUUAAUUGUAAAAUUCUAUGCCUGAAU